AUGUUGAUGAUACUUAUAAUCUACUCCAGGCGAGAUAGAAUAAGAGCCCAGGAGAGGAGACGAGACGGGAGCAGAGAUGGAGUCAUCGAACUAGCUCGACUUGCUGGUUCCAUUACCACCAUGUCUGAUGAUGUAGAGGAAAAAAAACCUAAGAAGACCAGCAAAGCAGCAAUGACUAUGGAUCCUUUUUAUGGUGAAAGAAUAGUGCAUGAAGAGAACUGUUAUUGUGUGCAGCCUGUUGUUCCGUGUCCAAUACAGAAGUAUAGCACAGAAAUGGGAACCACUACAGAUGUGACCCAAGAGUUGCUAAGACAGAUCAACUGUGCUGUCCCCAACUGCAUGGCUGAACCCAUACGUCCUUCGGUGUCGUCGCCACCGAAACGCCGCCAUCGCAAGAGAAAGGAGUCCUAUGAACCUCCUAAAAAUCAACCUAUUUGCAGUGAUCUUCGUAUAGCUGAGCUUGGAGUCUCUACUGAAAUAGCAAAUAUGGCGUUACGCAAGAAUUCCGAAGUCCCUGUAAUUAUUAAAUCUAACUCAAGGCUAAAAGGCCGUUCUUACAGUCUUGCCGUACUGAACCAGGAGUCAGAUGUUUCCCGCAAUGCUUCAGAGUGGGUCAAUACACCAUGUAGCACUGUGGACGAGUCGGCAGCUACGAAAAUCAUGGACAGACGGCUAGGCAGUUUAAUAAAACUACCAUUGAGAUUUUUCAAGAAGAAUAUACUGACACGCAGCUCCCGUAUCAGUAUCCCAAGAAGUUCUGAUCGUUACAAAAGCAACACUCUUCGCAGGCGUCUGAAACAGAUACUAUAUGAAGAAGUUACUGAACAUCAAAUUCGUGGAAUCAAAAGAUUAUAUUCAACAAUUAAUAGAAGAAACAAGCCAUAUAAACUUGGAUGGAUCGAUUUGGUUGCAAAAGUGUCUAAAAUUGCAAGGGACGAUAAUACUAAUAACAGUGUUUGUAUUUGUUCGAAACAAAAUGGAUGCAAACACUUCAGGAAUUCACAUAGCUACCGCUGCAUGAGAGCUCAGGUUAUGAAACUAGCUGGACCUACUCGAAGCCAGUUAGCCUGCUACAGGAAAAAAAUAAAGAACAUCAUAGCGCCACCGUUUUUGAGAAAUAUUCUAAUGAGUAUUUUGUCCUUUUUGUUUAUAGAUAAAGAAUAUCCAGCCAUCAAGUUCUCGCAAGCGUGUGGCAGAUCUGACAUUGAGAAAAAGUAA